GACAGGAACAUAGUCGGUCAUCAUUUUAUGGGCAUACGUAGUCGUAUGAGCUCUCGCGCCUGUGUUUUUCAUGGUCAAAGAUUCAAACCCAAAACCAGAAUAAAAAGCUCUCAAACAUGUUUGUCUUACCCUCUGGUUCAGAAACAGUGGCUUUGAGGCGUCCUUGAAGAUCCCUCCUUGAUUGAGAAUGUGAGAUAUAGAAGACCUUUUAUCACUUUUGAUUUAGGCCCAUAUCCAAACAAACUUUGUCUCAUGGUUGCGUACUUGCGUCUCAAGCCAGUCUAUUAUUACUCACAAUUCUUCUAAAGGAGGAGCCUUGGGAGAAAUGAAAAUUCGGGUGAAGCAAGCUACGGUCGUGAAGCCAGCUGAGGAGACACCGACACACAGUCUAUGGCUUUCCAAUUUGGACCUGAUACAAGUGAGAUUUCACAUGGGCAUGCUUUACUUCUACAACCCUUGUUCCUCCUCCAAUCUUUCCAACACUCAAUCCCUCAUCGAUGCUCUCAGCAAGGUUCUUGUCCCCUUCUAUCCUGCCGCUGGGAGGCUCCAAAAGGAUAAGAGUGGGAGGCUAGAGGUUCGAUGCAAUGGAGAAGGAGUUUUACUUGUGGAGGCUGAGACUGAUUCUACUCUAAAAGACAUUGGCUUGCUCACUCAAAGUUUGGAUCUCUCUCAACUCGUACCUACUCUUGACUACUCAGCAGACAUCUCCUCUUUACCUCUUCUUCUCUUUCAGGUUACAUAUUUCAAAUGUGGAGCGAUCUGUAUUGGAAAUUCAAUACACCAUACAUUCGGGGCAGCUUCUUCUCUUGCAUAUUUCAUGGAAGCAUGGUCUAGAACUGCUCGGGGGCUUCCGGUUAAGCUAGAACCGUUCUUCGACCGCACUGUUCUUCGUGCACGAGACCCUCCCUCCCCUGUCUUUCCUCACAAUGAAUACCAACCACCUCCCUUUCAUAAUCCUCCCGUGAAAUCCCUGGUCUACAGAUCAAAUCCUGAAACUGAUUCUGCACUUGCCAGUCUCAAGCUCACACGUCUCCAACUGAAAGCUCUUAGAGCUAAGGCAGAGAUUGCUGAUAGUAACUUCAGUACAUAUGAACUUCUGGUGGCGCAUAUCUGGCGUUGUGCUUGCUUUGCAAAUGAAGAUUUAAGUGAACAACAUUUGGCAAGGUUGCAUAUAAUAAUCGAUGGGAGGUCAAGACUACAACCAAAGCUUCCACAGGGAUACAUUGGGAACACUCUCUUUCACGCUCGUCCGAUAUCACUGAUGGGUGAUUUUCGCAGAGAGCCUUUCAGCACAACAGUUGAGAAAGUUCAUGAAGAGAUAAGAAAAAUGGACAACGAGUACUUGAGAUCAGCGAUUGACUACUUAGAGAGACAUCCUGAUCUCGAUCAGUUGGUUCCUGGGGAAGAGAAUCCGAUCUUUAGCUGUGCAGCAAACUUCUGCAUCGUCGGUCUACCGAAACAGAACGCUUACGAAUUGGAUUUUGGAUGGGGAAGACCCUUCUACGAGAGAGCUUCACAUUUCAAUGAAGGAAAAGGAUUUGUAGCUAGGAGCUUAGACGAAGAAGGGAGCUUACUGGUGUCCAUGUGCUUAAAGAAGACUCAGCUUGGUAAGUUUCGGGAGCUGUUUUAUGAGUUUCUUAAUAUGUCGGCAUUGUGACAGUCACUAGGCUUUGUGUGUGCAGUUAUACGGUUCUCUGUGUUUUUUUAUGAGUCCCACAUCGUAACUUGAGUUGCGUUUGAGAAAAAGAGAAACAGUAUAUAAAAUGAGCCCACGCCUCUGUACAAGUCAUACCUUUCUCGGCCUUUUGGCUAAGAUCAAGUGUAGUAUCUGUUCUUAUCAGUUUAAUAUCUGAUAUGUGGGCCAUCGGCUCACACGAUAUUAACUCUAUUUUUUAAGGGAGAAAGCCCAUUAAGAUAGCUUGCUAUCUGGGCUUUCGCGAGUUGCCCAUGCGUUGCACUACUGCACGGGCGGCC